AUGGCAGGAACAAGGCUGGUGGUUAUCAGCGGGCCCUCAGGUGCUGGGAAAAGCACUCUAAUCAAAAAACUACUCGAAGGGUUCGAUGACGUCUUCGAACGCAGGGUCCCCCAUACGACACGAAAACCCCGUUCAGGAGAGGAGAAUGGAAAAGACUAUCACUUUGUGAGCAGGGAGGACAUGCAGGCUGCAAUCGCUAGAGGAGAGUUCAUCGAGAGCGCAGAAUUCUCAGGGAACAUGUACGGAACAAGUAAAGCUGUGGUCCAGGCUAUUCUGGACAAGAACCUGAUUUGCAUUAUGGAAACGGGCACACAGGGAGUGAAGAACAUGAAGAAAACUGAUUACAAAACCAUCUACAUCGACAUCCAACCUCCAUCCAUAGCAGUGCUGGAGAAGAGGUUAAGGGCCAGAAAGACCGAGACUGAGGAGAGUUUACAGAAGCGACUCGAGGCUGCAUGCGUGGACAUAGAGUUCAGUAAAGAGGCAGGUCAGUUCGACGUGGUGAUCGUUAACGAUGAUCUGGACGAAGCGUACGAGAAAUUAAAAUCGGCUCUGCUCCAGGAAAUCCAAAAGGUGAAAAACACCAAAGCCUGAGGGUCCAACAUCAAAGAGCAGCACUCCAAGACACCAACAUUCCACACACACACACACACACACACUGUGCUUACACACUCCUCUCCCCCACACGAGGCUGAUCUGAAUGAAUUAAAAAAUAGUAAAAUAUUAUGCAAUAUAUUUAACAAUACAAUUCCAUAUAUAGGAAACUAGUGCUUUUAUUUAUUAAUAUAGUGCAAUAUGAAUGGACCAUGUUUGGAUAUAUACUGUAGCCUAUAUAUUGCAAUGAAGACAAAAACCAUUAUAAUUAUGUUUAUAAUUGUUUUAUUGAAACAUUAUUGAAACUUUAUGAAUGUUUAAUUAUUCUACACACACUUUAUCGGUGUGCUCUGAUUAAUGCCUAUUUUGUUCAAAUGAGAUUUAGCCGUUUUCUACAUCUAUUACCUGCCAACUACCAACCAAUUUCAAAUCUUCCGCUACUCUUAAAAAUACUUGAAAAAGUUGUUGCUGUUCAACUACAGUCCUAUUUGUCAUCUCAUAAUCUGUAUGAAUGUUUCCAAUCUGGUUUUCACUCUUACCACAGUACCGAGACAGCGCUUCUUAAGGUUGUCAAUGACCUUCUUAUGGCCUCUGAUGCUGGCUCUGUUAGCAUUUUGAUUCUGUUAGAUCUUUUUUCUGCAUUUGAUACUAUCUAUCACAGUAUUCUCAUUUCACGACUCUCUGCUCUUGGUAUCUCUGGAACUGCCUUAUCCUGGUUCGCUUCUUAUCUGUCUGACCGUCAACACUAUAUUACUACCUGCCAAUCCGCCGUCUAAAUCCUCUACCGCUCCUGUUUCUCAUGGUGCUCCACAGGGUUCUGUCCUUGGCCCAAUACUGUUCAUUAUCUACAUGCUUCCUUUAGGUAAAAUCAUUCGCCGUCAUGGUUUCAAUUCCCACUGUUACGCAGACGACACUCAACUUUAUAUCAGUUUUUGACACUAUACAUCCUAUAGAUACAUAUAACAUCCCUUUCCCACUAACUCUGUUUCUGCUUGUGUUGAUGACAUAAAUGCCUGGAUGACCAGUAACCUUCUCAAGCUCAAUACUGAUAAAACAGAUUUUUUACUUGUUGAUUCACCUAAAACCGUUGCUUCUUUCUGUACUGAUACUGUUAACAUUUCCGGGACCUUGGUUAGACCUUCCACCACGUAACAAAUCUGGGUAUAAUUUUUGACUCCCAUCUUUCCUUUCUACCUCACAUUUCUUCAUUUACUAAAUCUGCCUUCUAUCACCUCCGUAAUAUAGCUCGUCUACGGCCCUUCUUAGACACCAAGGAUGCUGAGACACUGGUUCACGCUUUCAUUACUUCUCGACUUGACUACUGUAAUUCUCUUUUCUAUAGUCUAACAAAUACAACAUUAAACCUCACUUAUUCAAAGAAAUCCUCACACAUCACUCCCAUCCUACACAAACUACAUUGGCUACCUGUUCGCUCCCGCAUUCAAUACAAGAUUCUCCUUAUCACCUUCAAAGCACUCCAUGGUCUUGCCCUCCUUUAUAUUUCGGAUCUUAUUCAUACUUACUCCCCUGUUCGCACACUCCGAUCUGCAGAAGAUGGUCUACUGUUAAUUUCUCGCCAUAGACUAGCAUCAUUUGGAGGACGUGCAUUUAGUAUUUCUGCCCCUACAUCCUGGAAUUUUAUUCCCAAACACAUCCGUGAUCUUUCUUCACUACAGGAUUUUAAAACCCACCUUAAAACAUAUCUUUUCCCGUCCUGUUUUCCCAAUCUUGGAAUAUGUGAUUAAAUAAAUGCUACGGGUUUCAUGUUUAUCUGUGUUUUGUUUUUGUUGUUUUUCAGAUGUCUCUUUCUAUAUAUAAAUAUUUCUGUUAUUG